AUGCGGUUCCCCGCGGUCGGCAGUCGCGUAGCGGGGCAGCGAUGCGCACGGCUACACACGCAAGCCGCGCGAGCACGCGCCGCGCCGAUGCGCGCGGCACGCGGGCGGCCAGCGCGCCACGGGCCCGUCGCGGUCCGCGCGGCGGGAGCGGACGGGGGCGGCUGGAGCGCGGUGGCGUGCGAUGUCGUGGACCCGCCGUUCAUUGGGGAGCAACACGGGCAUCUCGAUAUCGAGCUGCCGUAUCUGGAGGCGGGCGCGGGGGCUGACGCGGAGGUCGCGGUGAUCGGGAGCGGCCCCGCGGGGCUCGGGGUGGCGUGGAAGUGUGCGGAGCAAGGGAUGCGCGUGGUGAUAGUGGACCCGGAUCCCCUGGUCGACUUCGUGCCGACGUACGGCGUUUGGGUCGAUGAGUUCAAGCAGAUGGGCCUCGACGACGUGUUCGAGAAGGUUUGGGACAAGGCAAUGGUCACGCUGACGCGCGACGGCGCGGACAAGCGGUACCUGGACCGGCCGUACGCGCGCGUGGACAAGCGCAAGUUCAAGACGCGGCUGGUGGAGGAGUGCAAGGCCGCGGGGGUGCGGUGGCACAAGGCGUUCGUGGACGACGACCUCAAGCACGCGGACGGGUGCACGACGAUCCCGUGCAGCGACGGCACCGCCCUGCGCGCGGCCUUCGUGGUGGAUGCCACGGGCCACGCGCGGCGCUUCGUGGAGAUGGACGGGGAGUUCGACCCGGGGUACCAGGGCGCGUACGGGAUCCUCGCGGAGGUCGAGAGCCAUCCGUUCGAGCAGGACAAGAUGCUCUUCAUGGACUGGUCCGACGACCACUGCGCGGGGGACAUGAAGGCCCGCAACGACCGGCUGCCGACGUUUCUGUACAUGAUGCCGCUCUCGCCGACGACGAUCUUCUUGGAGGAGACGUCGCUCGUGGCGCGGCCGGCCGUGCCGUUCGAGGACCUCAAGGAGCGCCUGUACGCGCGCCUGGACUCGUACGGCGUCAAGGUGAAGGGGGUGUACGAGGAGGAGUUGUGUCUGAUUCCCAUGGGGGGGGUGUUGCCGAAACUGAACCAGCGCGUGAUCGGCGUCGGCGGCACGGGCGGCCACGUGCACCCGUCGACGGGCUACAUGGUCUCGCGCACGCUCGGCGCCGCCCCCGCCAUCGCGGACGCCAUCGCCAACCAGCUCCUCGACCGCAGCCCCGACGCCGGGCCGGGGGCGGCGACCUCGUGGCGCUGGCCGGCGACCGAGGACGCGGCCAACGAGGCGGCGCGGCGCGUGUGGCAGUCGAGCUGGCCCGUCGAGCGCAUCCGGCAGCGCGCGUUCUUCAACUUUGGCAUGGACGUGCUCCUGACGCUCGACAUCCGGCAGACGCGGCAGUUCUUCGACGCCUUCUUCGCGCUCAAGUUCUUCCACUGGGCCGGGUUCCUCUCCUCGCGCCUGUCCUUCUUCGAGCUCAUCGUCUUCGGGCUGAACCUCUUCGCCAACUCGUGCCAGGAGAACCGCAUCAACCUGAUCAAGCAGGGCGUGCCGGGGCUCGUGAAGAUGCUCUACGGCCUCGCCGGGACGCUGCAGAGCGAGGUCGAGACGCGCCGCGACCGCAUCACCGCGUUCGACGAGGAGCUGGUGGCCAGCCGCGGCAGGUCGCCGCGCCGGGGCGCGCCCGGCAGCGCGUGA